CACCGAGCAGCAGCAGCGGGACGAGCCCAGAAAUCCUCCCGGGAGAAGAGCACCAGGCAGCGGCCGUGGAACCGGAACCGGUCCGGAGCAGGCUCCGCGGGCGCAACCGCAAUCCGCACAUCUCUGCUGGAGAACAGGACGUUUACCGAGAGGGAGAGGGAGCGAGGGAACGUCUGCUCAGGGGCAGGGAGGAACUCAGCUGCAGCCGAACGCCGGCUUCAUGUGCUGUGGGGUCCAUGUGAGCGGACGGAUGGCGACUCCAUACGAAGGCCAGUGUUUCUCCGCUCUGAGGGGGCGGAGCCAGACGGAGGGGCGUCUCUUUGAGGACCCCCUGUUCCCGGCGACAGACCGGUCUCUGUUUUAUCAGAGCAACCAGAUCGGCACGGUGGCCUGGAAAAGACCCAAGGAGUUGAGCAGGAAGCCUCGUCUCUUCGUGGACGGCCUCAGCGCUCACGACCUUCACCAGGGCCGGCUGGGAAACUGCUGGUUCGUGGCCGCCUGCUCCAGCCUGGCCUCCAGGGACGCUCUGUGGCAGAAGGUGAUUCCUGACUGGAAGGACCAAGAGUGGGACGAGACGAGACCCGCGGCGUACGCCGGGAUCUUCCACUUCCGGUUCUGGCGGUUGGGCGAGUGGGUGGACGUGGUGAUCGACGACCGGCUGCCCACGCUGGACGGAGAGCUGGUGUACUGCCACUCCAACGACCGCGACGAGUUCUGGAGCGCGCUGGUGGAGAAGGCCUACGCCAAGAUGUGCGGCUGCUACGAGGCUCUGGACGGGGGCAACACGGCCGACGCUCUGGUGGACUUCACCGGCGGCGUGUCCGAGCCGCUGGACUUACUGGAGGACGGAUACAGAGACCAGGAGGACAAGCAGAGCCAGCUGUUCGAGAGAGUCCUGAAGGUUCAUGAGAGGGGAGGCCUCAUCAGCUGCUCCAUCCGGGCCGACUCGGCGGCGGACAUGGAGGCCCGGCUGGCCUGCGGCCUGGUGAAGGGACACGCCUACGCCGUGACCGACGUGCGCCGGGUCCGGCUGGGCCGCGGCCUGCUGGCCUUCUUCAGGUCGGACAGACUGACCAUGAUCCGCAUGAGGAACCCCUGGGGACAGCGGGAGUGGACCGGGCCCUGGAGCGACGGCUCUGAAGAGUGGAAGAAGGUCAGUCAGAGUGAGAGGGAGAAGAUGGGCGUCACAGUGCAGGACGAUGGAGAGUUCUGGAUGACGUUCACCGACUUCAUCAGUAACUUCACUGACCUCAUCCUGUGUCGCCUCAUCAACACGUCCUAUCUGAGUUUCCACAAGACCUGGGAGGAGGCCGUGCUGCGGGGCUCCUGGUGUCGCCAUGACGACCCGCGACUCAACCGGGCCGGAGGCUGCACCAACAACAAGCACUCCUUCCUCCAGAACCCACAGUAUGUGUUUGAUGUGAAGAAGUGGGAGGAUGAGGCUCUGAUCUGCCUGCAGCAGAGAGACCGCAGAGCCACCCUGAGAGACGGCCGGGGACAGAACCUGGCCAUCGGCUUUGAAAUCCACAGAGUGGAGCUGAACCGGACCUACCGGAUGCACGUGCCGCAGCAGAAGGUGCAGGGCAGCGUCUACAUCAACUCCAGGUCUGUGUUCCUCCGCACCGACCUGAAGGAGGGCCGCUACGUCAUCAUUCCCACGACCUUUGACCCCGGGCUGGAGGGAGACUUCCUGCUCCGUAUCUUCACCGACCUGCCUUCUGACUGCAGGGAGCUGACUCUGCACGAGCCUCCGAGGACCUGCUGGUCUGGGCUGUGUGGUUACCCCUCCCUGGUCACUCAGGUCCACGUCCUGCAGGCUGACGGGCUCGCGGGUCAGGACUCGGACGGAGUGUCGGAUCCUUACGUGAUCAUUCGCUGUGAGGGACAAAAGGUUUGUUCUCCAGUCCACAAGAACACCCGGAGCCCGGCCUUCGACACCAAGGGGCUCUUCUACAGGAAGAGGGCCAACCUGCCAGUCAGCAUCCAGAUCUUCAACCACAACAUUCUGUCGGACUCCUUCCUGGGUCAGCUGACGUUAUCCACCGAGGAAGGGGAGAUCCACAGAACGCUCCACCUGAAGGACAAGGCCCAUCGCCGUGACAACGACCUCCCCGGGACCAUCACAGUCUCCAUGGUGACCAGCACAGUGCUGUCCAGCAUCUGAGACGGACGUCCCGGAGGUUUAAGUACAGGGAGUGAGCAGGAAGUUUGUCCUGACAUCCCGCAGGGUUUGGAUCUGCCCCUGGGAACUGGGAAAAGUCCCCAAAAUCAGCUGUGAUCAGCAGUGAUCUCCUGUGAUCAGCUGUGAUUGCCAGAGGUCACCUGUGAUCAUCAGUGAUCACCUGUGAUCUCGUGUGAUCAGCUGUGAUCAGCAGUGAUCUCCUGUGAUCUCGUGUGAUCAGCUGUGAUCAGCAGUGAUCUCCUGUGAUCAGCAGUGAUCUCCAGUGAUCAGCAGUGAUCUCCAGUGAUCUGUCAGAUGUCUUGGUUGGGGAGCCCCUUGUGGCAGACCAGCUGAUUGCAGGUCCUUGACCUUUGGCUCCACACCAAGGCGAGCGGCGUUGAAUCCUGCCGCUCUGCUGUGUGACGCUUUAACUCCUCCAGGUGGAAAAUUCCCAGUUUUCCUGCUGAAGGCGAACUUUCCCAGUUCCCAGUGGCUCCGAAACGUUGAUCAGAUCUCAUGUGGGUCACAGCUCUUCGUUGUCAUUUUUGAUCGAAAGAAUUGUCCUCUUCCUCUUUUAUUUCCGUCUGUUUUUAUCCUGAUGAGCUCUGGCGUGACUCUUCAGCGCUGCCUUGUUUUUGGUUUCGUGUCCGGGGAGCUCUCUGCGGUCCUGUUUCUGUCCAGAAUCGCAGGGCUGCAGAAGCAGAGAUGUCCUGCUGCUGCCAGACAGUCUGGAGGUUUAUCUGUGGAUCAACAUGUUUUCACUCCAGCAGCUUUUCAGCCGGCGUCAUCUGCCUUCAGCUGCCAGGCGCUGCUCAUGGACCUUCAAGAACCAACCUUUCUGAACAGCAGGAGUCAGGUUUUUUGCUAUUCUCGCUGUGAUCCAGUUUUCAGAUCUUUCAUGUUUUUGCUGAUGAAAGGAUGAAUUUAUAUAAACUGUCAAGGCCACAGAAAUCCCACAGGAAUGGAGAACUGUUCCUGAUGAAGAACUCAGAACAUCUCCAUCUGCUCUCACCUUUCAGUCCUUUAUUUACCACUGAGUUGAUGCACUAAUCUGUCACACUAAAUGUGGGAAGCAGUGUUAGAACCUGAGGAUGUCCUACCGCUUUGAGGAUGAAUCCUUCAAGACCUUCAAACCAAUGAAGCCUUUUUCACCCCAAAGCCGAAAUCACACCGCUCAGCUCAGUGUGAUGGUAGUAUAACGUAUUUACAGGCCUGUCAGAGCCAGUUUACCACUUUAACUGAAGUUUACACAGAAAUAAAGUUUACUUCCAUUACAAACACAAGUUUCU